CGUCGCGUAGGCUUCACCGUCGAGAAGGGUUCCCCCGCCCGUGAGGGUGCCGUCAUCGUCGAUAUUAACGACGAAUCCCGCACUCCCGUCGGCAUCAUCACCUCCGGUCUCCCCAGCCCUACCCUCGGCGGUACCAACAUCGCCAUGGGCUACGUCAAGCAAGGUCUCCACAAGAAGGGCACCGAGGUUGGCAUUUUGGUCCGGAACAAGCUCCGCAAGGCUACCGUUACCGGUAUGCCCUGGGUUGAGAGCAAGUUCUAUCGUGGCUAA